GGAGCUAAUAUGCAUGCGAGGUGUUGGGGAGACAACUUCGACGUUCGCGGUGAUGGUUUGGCAUUCAAAUGUAGGUGGAGGAAUGUCGAGUGCACUUAGCUCUGGGUCCUGCCCUUUUUCUGGCGAAUGUGAAGACACACUAACGUGCACCCAGCUGUCAUUAUGGGUAGUUAUAGAGUCGCGUCUCGAAGGCCCAGCAUCGGAGAGGUGUGAAAUAUGUUGGAAGUGCAGGUCGACGGGUGGAAGACAGGCGGGAUCGACCGUAGUUGAUAUGAAUGCUGGGGAUGGACCCGGAAUGACUUCGCGUACGCGACUAAGCUCAGAGUUCGUCUCGGAAAGGGCAGGGCGGCCAGGGUACGUCCCAGGUGGCAUGCGUCUUUUGUGUAUUUGUUGGGAGGGCGAAGCGGGAGGUGCAGCGCGGGUACUCGAAACAACAGAUGAUGGUGGAGCACGUCGAAACAAGCUUCGCACGGGAUAUUUGAUGGAAAUUUUCGGUACUCGCAAGUCAUUCUUGACCUUCCAUCGCGGUAUGGCCUUCCUUAUAGCUCUCACCUCCCUCCUUAGUGCCUUAUAGACACUCUUCAGACCUGUAUCGCGCCAUAUUCCAGGAGCGACGUCUGCAAGGAGGAGCCCAACCGGUGUCCAUGCGCAUGUGAGGGCAAAGCGAGAAAGUGAGUGUGAUAAGUAGAUGUCGAUUGCCAUGCGCGUAGCAAGGGCGAGGUAUGGGUCUUUUGACCUCGAUCGAGAACGGGUAUGCUUUGAGAGGAAGUGCGAGAGCACGACGCCUUCCCAGAGUCCGAUGAGUAUGCCUAUGAGUUUGUGAUCUUUGCCUGUAGCAACGUCGAGAACGACGCGCAGAGCAAUGCCUGCUCCAAUUGAAAGUAUGUUUUCCAUGUCUUUUGUGAAUGCAUAAAGUACUGCGUUAAG